AUGUUCGCACCUUCGACGCGGCUGCUACGGAGUCUUUUGCCGGCAGACAACUAUGUCUGUCAGCUAUGUCGGAAACCCCGAGCCUUCUCGACCAGAACGUCUCUGCAGUCAGGACACAGCAAAUGGGCGACGAUCAAGCAUGACAAGGGGAAGAACGAUGCGGCGAAGAACAAGCAGCGUUCAGUCUUCAGUCAUGAGAUAGCGAACGCGUCGAAAUUUUAUGGCCCUGAUCCCAAUACCAACGCUCGCCUCGCGUUAGCGAUCAGCCUAGCAAAGAAGGCAGGCGUUCCAAAAGCCAACAUCGAAUCAGCCAUUGCACGUGGCCAAGGCGUAUCGGCCUCUGGCGCAGCCCUUGAGCCAGUCACUGUCGAGGCCAUCUUUCCUCCCUCAGUCGCCGUAGUCAUCGACUGUCUGACCGACAACAAGCUUCGAAUACUAGCAGACAUACGGCACCUCAUUAAGCAACACCAAGGCAGUGUCACGCCGACCAACUAUCUUUUCGAGAAGAAGGGACAGAUAAUUUUCAAGCCAAAGGAGGGCUUAGGCGCCGAUGAGGUUCUGGAUACCGCGCUGGAAGCUGCCCCUGGUGUGUUGGACGUAGUUGAAGGAGCGGACGGCAGAGUCGUCGUCUUCACGGAACCGGCGGACACGAAGGGGACAGGGGAGACUCUGUCAGGUGCCCUAGGUUUGGAGGUGGAAGAGUCAGAAAUCAUCUGGGAUCCAAACGAGGACACGAAAGUAGAGAUUUCUGAUGAGGAGGCUGCACAGGCGUUGAGUGGGUUCGCGGAGAAGUUGCAAGACAUAUCUGGUGUACAAGCCAUGUACAUGAAUGCGUCACAGGGCAACAUAAGUGAUGCCACCUGGGCAGACCUGCAGAGUAGACUUGCGGUGUGA